AUGCUGAAACAGAAAACAUCAAAGCACAGCUCGAGCCGAAAGGGGAGCUCUUCCAGCCAACCCAGUCCAGGCUUCCUGUUCAUCGCCAACAAACUUGUCAUCCGAGAACCAGGACGUGACGAUUAUCAUCACCUUAUUCCGCCUAGCUCACCAAACUACUACCACGGCGAGGUUCCAAGCAAAGUGAUGCGCUACAGGAACGGCGAAGUGUCUGAAGCAGCAGACUGGCGAUGGUACAGAGACGCUUCCACGCUUCCAGCAUCCGACGGACAGUUACUGCAAGUGGACGCCCGUGGAAACUGCAUCACGGAUCAGUAUGGACAGGUGUACCCGGCCGAGGAGUAUAAAACGUUUGGGGUUGCUGCUUGCAAUCCACUGCUCCCGAUCAUGGUCACGGAACAUGAUCCUCUGGUCACCAUAUCGAACUGGGAACUUUUACGUGUAUUUCAUCCACCAUUGAUUCCCGGGCUCUCUCAAAUGACCACCAUCACCAGCACCAUGGCUCCUGGGCCCGGUCCUUUGCUACACGUUGCUGGAAGGAACCCUGCGUGGAUUCCCGGUCUACUUCCUCUGACCUACAAAGCACCCCGAAACAAUGCACCUCACUCGACAGGCCUUGGAGGAGAGUUGCCUAUUGUCCUGGGGCUCAUGGCAUUACAUGCACCUCCAGGUGGCGAGAUGAGCAAUCAUUUGAUAGACAGUGUAUUUCUUGGACACAAUCGAUUAUGGAGACAUGGAGCUUGGAUGAGUGCCGAUGCCCCUAGAGGACAUCCCCCGACAGCUUCUGAGGAUCCAAAAGGGUUUAUUGUCAAGGUGUUUCUUGACCCAGACAACCAAUACUCAACUCGAGAAGAUCUCCACAGUUUUGAAUGGGAGAGGGCUAUUGUUCGAGAUUGACCGAUGUGACAGCUUAAGCUUGAAUUGAUUUAGUCUAUUAUUCAUUCCUGUAUGAAGCCUGCUCUGCAGUCUGCCCCAUGUUCGUUAUCCAUCCAUGAGCUAGUUGGUCUGACUUGUAGGACUCAGACUGCGUCGGGAAGCCGUACAGCGAUAUCGCCAGAUUGGGUAAUGUAUCGAACCCAAGGAAGCGAAGGAUAUUGCAACUACAAUUGUUAGCCUUGAUCGAGUGUUUGAUGAGAUUCGUACCUUUGGCUCGGUAAUCUUUAGAUACCGAACCUGAAUACCACUUGUGGUAAAGUAAGGGAUCUCAAACUUGACCUGGAUAGGUCGCUUGGCACCCUUACCCACUCCCCCGACUCCUCCCAUGCUACCACCGAAACCACCCAUCAUACCACCACCUUGUUCGUCAUCUCCUCUCACGCUUGGCAGGCCCAGCUCCGCACGCAUGAGAAAUUCCUUACCACCACCAAAUUGUUUAAUCUUCCAGACAAUAGCACUUUGCUCAGGGGCGUAAUGGACAGAUCCGAUGUUUGUUCGGAAGCGAGGGCUGUCGGCGUCAUCUGGAACGGGAACCACGAUUUCAACAUUGUUGGCGGUACUGCGGCGCUUGAACUGUGCUCGAGCCUUGAGCAUGUAUUCGAUUCGGGAGCCUGAAUGGGAUUCGACAACGCAUUCAACCCAAAUCAGGGGCUUGACUUGGGUGUUGAGACGGUAGGACAUGAGCUCGAAUUCGCCGUCAGGGGGGAUAAAGGAGAUGGUUCGGUCGUUUUCGAAUCGUGAUAGUCGUACACAUUGGUGGAACUUGACGUCUUCCAUCUCGAUAGCUUUACCGCGGGUGGCUCGACCGGUUGUCUCAAACAUGACCUUGUCAUUCAAUCCUAGACGCAGCUCGGGCAUACCGCUGAGAUAACACUUCAUCUUGAUGGCGCCAAGAAUUUCUGAUCGAAGGACGUUGCCGUUUGCAGACACCAAAAGGUUGAGAGACUCGACAACGUCGAGGAAUACUUCGUUCUUGCGGUAGCGGAUACCCUCUGAUCGCCACGACACGGCGUUUGUGACGGCAAUUGGUGGCCGUGCUUGGAUCUCGAGCUUGUGAGAUUCCUGGGUGAUGUACUCCUGAAGGAUCUUGGACUCUGUUGUUUGAGGAUAACCAAAGUCCAUCAUUUCGUCGAGAAGUUCGUAGAUGAUGACAAAGUUGUCUCGGAUGGAUUCUUCUUCUAAAGCUUUAAAGUACUCGGUAAAGACCUCGACGAUCUUGUGAAGGAAUAGGAGGAUUUCGGCGGCAUUCGUGUUUCGUUUCGUAAGGGCGAGGAGGUAGAGGUUGUUGUGGCGGAUGUAGAGGUACUAUUCAGUUAGCAGGGCCAACAAGCAUAGAGACUACAUACGUUGAUGCCUUCGUGGGAGAAGCAUGGUGGAACGGCAGAGGAGUCUUCCUCAGCUUCUGAAAGGAGUACGGGGAACUUUUCGACUGCUGACAUGGGAAUGUCACCGCGAUAGUUGCGGGCAAGAAGGGUCUACACUGUCAGCUACGUCACACCCAGUGGCGUUCAACACACCUUGCCCUUGAGAUCUAGAAAGAAGAGUGCGGAUGCCAUGUUGGAUGUCUUGGCGGAGCGGAAAGGAGGUCGCGAUAGAUGCGACGGUCAAGAUCGAGACGAAGAGGUCAUGCGCAGUAACAAAGACAACAAUCAAUAAGGAGAGGCUGAAUAGGAAUUAAGGACUAUAGAGAAGCGCAGGCAAUCAUCAUGGUCCGAGGCGCAAUGGAUUCGUGGUUAAGCUAUCUGUCUGUUUCGCUGGCAUCUUUUGGAUGCCUGGUCAUUCCAGCUGUGACGACACGGUAGAAUGUCGGAUAUGGUGGGGUAGCUUGAGCUUGUAGUCACGUGAGAGAUGGAUCAGAAAUUUUGAUUAAAAGCUUUGGUUUUUUUUUUUGUUUCUGCUUGUUUCCCUCUUCUCCUCAACGCACCCUCUAGACAGUGCAGACCAUUACCUAGCCUGCAACCGAAUGGCAUUCUGUCAUUUCAGCCGUGGAGCCGUUGAUGUGAGCUGCGAUUUCGUGGUGCGGAGAGGGAGAACCUGGCUCCAUUAAGAACUGCCCGAGUAUUAUUAGUUGCUUUGGCGGUGUCAGAGGAGCCGGACAUGCAAAUUCGUGACUGGACAGAUUUGUGACUGAGACAUGGAAUUCGAUCUGGGGUAAAAUGUGGCAGGUGACCGCAGCCUCGACUUUUGUUGGGGUAUCGUGUCCGAAGGCGCUUGACUUCAGGGUCUCUGCUUUGACGAGAUCUGCAAUCAGGGAUCUUGGGUUGUCACAAUUGGACUCGUAAAUCGUGGCAAAGUUAAAUUUGCAAAUGCAUGUCCAAUGAGCUUGUGACCGGUGCAUCCAUCUCGCGUUUAAUCACAAAGUCGAACGCGAGGCUGUCCUGUGUCUUGAGCUGCGGAGUGGUAUCUCCAGCUCACAAUUUACACAAAACGACACGACGGAGUAAUUUGAGCGUUUGAGAUUCAUUAACUCUGUCCGUGCAGAAUGUCCGUUCAACCGAUUCAGGGUCCAAAUAGCCAAUCUCAAGACUAUCGCAACUAUCGCCGGCAAUGAUACCGUAUCGUUGCGCUAUUGCUAUCUGCUAGCAUGAAUGCUACUCCGUACUUGAUCGCACAUGCAAAUUCACAUGUUGAUCAGUUAUCGGGGACCAAAUACAGGUCCGAUAAAGUAACCGAAUGCCGA